UCGAGCAGAGAGAGGUGGAGAGCACCUCGGAUACGGGCCCGUUAGCUCGCUAAGUAGCUGAUUUGUCCCCGAUGGAUCACCGUAGUCUUCUCAUUCCAGGAAGAACGGAGCAGAAAGAGUGAAGGCGAGAGUGGAGAGGAAGAAAAAAUAACUUGUGUGCGCGCCUGCCUGCGGAUGAGAAACGUCAUAACGCGACCGCACACAAGAAGAAAGGAGUAACCAAAACAAGGCGAAAUAAGUUAGAUAGCUAGCUACAACAGACCCGUCGGGAAUAAUCUUAGAGUGGUCGCCAGUGCUGCAUCUGAUCACCAGACGAACCAAUGUAAAGUCUAAGGAGCGUCGGGACGUUUUUAAGCUUGCCGACGUUUCUGCGUUUGUGGCUUGGUUUGCUUAAUAGCGAGCUUGCCAGCAAUAUUUUGAUUUUCCCUCGAAGGACUAAGGACCGUGCCUACACGCAGCAAAUACUGGGGAGUGGAAAUUAAGUACACCAUACCUGAGCAAUAGUAGAUGUAUAAAAAACUGAAAUAAUCUGACAGUAAGCUCGGGACGUAGCCGAUUGACCUACCAAGCUAUCUGGGAAAGCCAUGUAGACAGCUAGCCAGCUACAAACGGCAAAAGUACACCCGAUUGAUUACAGUACGAUAUUUAAUACAUCGGGAAUGACGAAAAUAUGCUAAUCUAGCUAGUUUUCUGUUGUAAUUGGUGCAUUUUGUAGAAAAAACUGGCUAAAUAUUUUGUAACGUUAAUACAUGCGUGGGUAGGGUUCUGAUUAUGAACUAAUAAUAAACCUGUCUAACCACGAUAAUUCCUCGGAGUUAUUUUUACCCACUCGUGUCUGUCUUCUCAAGGAGCAACGCACUGUAACGCUACAGCAGCGGCUAAUCAUUGGAUUGACUGGGACCGUUUUCCAUUUUUUCCUUGUCUGUUGGGUGUGAUCUGUUCAGUUUAGCAAAGCGCACAUACGCAGCGUUGCCGAAAUGAUCACGGAGUGGGAGCGCAGCGUCCGUGUUAUGGCAUCACCACCAUCCCCGUCUCACUGUACCCGGUGGAGUGGCACUUACGCAGCCAUGCAACUUUGAAGAUUUAAAUCCUUAUUGAUCGGCAAAGACGCCAGCGCUGGAUCUAGCUAGUUUAUUCGUUUUUUACGCAGUGAGACGAGAAAACACUAGUACACGUAUAGCUGGCUAGCUAAUAGUUUGUUAUUGUUUUGCUUUCAGUCCGUAUGCCCUCGCUAUGUUUAGAUUGGUAUGUACUAGGUAGCUACUAGCUAGCUAUGUGUUAGUUUGCCAACUUUACGCAGACGGUUUCUAUUCGGGACCCAGACUAGCUAGCUAACUUUAGUUAGCCAGCUACAUGAGUGCUGUCUCGGAAUAAUACAUUCCCCCCAACCGAAGCGGACUGUGCGUUGUUUUUCGAUACUUCUUUAUUUUACGUUUAAGUUUAAACGACAGUUCGGAGGAAAAUGUCUGAAAAUGCACCAACGAGAAGCUUGGAUGACAUCGAUCUGGCGGCACUGCGGGACCCAGCUGGGAUCUUUGAGCUGGUGGAGGUUGUGGGCAACGGGACCUAUGGGCAGGUGUACAAGGGCCGCCAUGUGAAGACGGGCCAGCUGGCGGCCAUCAAGGUGAUGGACGUGACGGAGGAGGAGGAGGAGGAGAUCAAGGCCGAGAUCAACAUGCUGAAGAAGUACAGCCACCACCGCAACAUUGCCACCUACUACGGCGCCUUCGUCAAGAAGAGCCCGCCGGGGCACGACGACCAGCUCUGGCUGGUGAUGGAGUUCUGUGGGGCGGGCUCCGUCACAGACCUGGUGAAGAACACCAAGGGGAGCUCUCUGAAGGAGGACUGGAUCGCCUACAUCUGCAGGGAGAUCCUGAGGGGCCUGUCUCACCUGCACACCCACAAGGUCAUCCACAGAGACAUCAAAGGUCAGAACGUUCUGCUGACAGAAAAUGCUGAGGUCAAACUGGUGGACUUUGGGGUGAGCGCCCAGCUGGACAGGACGGUGGGGAGGAGGAACACGUUCAUCGGCACACCCUAUUGGAUGGCUCCAGAGGUCAUAGCCUGCGAUGAGAACCCUGACUCCACCUACGACUACAGGAGCGACAUCUGGUCUCUGGGGAUCACGGCGAUAGAGAUGGCAGAAGGAGCACCACCGCUGUGUGACAUGCAUCCAAUGAGAGCUCUCUUCCUCAUUCCUCGAAACCCGCCUCCCAAACUCAAGUCUAAGAAAUGGUCGAAGAAGUUCAUAGACUUCAUUGAGGGGUGCCUGAUAAAGACGUACCCCAGCCGGCCCUCCACAGAGCAGCUCCUCAAGCACCCCUUCAUCCGGGACCAGCCCACCGAGAGGCAGGUCCGCAUCCAGCUCAAGGACCACAUCGACCGCACCCGCAAGAAGAGAGGGGAGAAGGAGGAGACGGAGUACGAGUACAGCGGCAGCGAGGAUGAGGACGAAAACCGCAACGACGAGAGAGAGUCCAGCUCGAUCCUGAACGUGCCGGGCGAGUCGACGCUGAGGCGGGACUUCCUGCGGCUGCAGCAGGAGAAUAAGGAGCGCUCGGAGGCGCUGAAGAGGCAGCAGGCCCAGCAGGCGGCCCAGCGGCGCGACCCCGAGGAGCACAAGAGGCAGCUGCUGCACGACCGGCAGAAGCGCAUCGAGGAGCAGAAGGAGCAGCGGCGCCGCCUGGAGGAGCAACAGAGAAAGGAGCGCGAGAUGGUGAGGCAGCAGGAGAAGGGUCCGCACCGCAGGCUGGAGGAGCUGAGGAGGGAGGAGGACAGGAGGAUGGCCGAGAGGGAGCAGGAGUUCAUAAGGCAUAAGUUAGAGGAGGAACAGCGACAGUUAGAAAUUCUCCAGCAGCAGCUGCUUCAGGAGCAGGCCCUGCUCAUGGAGUACAAGCGCAAGCAGCUGGAGGAGCAGCGGCAGUCGGAGCGGCUGCAGAGGCAGCUGCAGCAGGAGCACGCGUACCUGGUGUCCCUGCAGCAGCAACAGCAGCAGCAGCAGGACAAGAAGCCGCAGCUCUACCACUACAGCAAGAACCUGGAGCCCAACAACAAGCCGGCCUGGGCUCGCGAGGUGGAGGAGCGCAGUAAGCUGAACAGGCAGGGCUCCCCCAAGAUCUGCACCACCGUGUCCGACACCGCCCUCCAGUCCCGCUCCGACUCCGUCAGCCAAUCGGCCGCCGGGCAGGCUGCCCAGACCCCGCCCAUGCAGCGGCCCGUCGAGCCACAGGGCGGCCAAAGCAAGUUUCAGAUGGCUCACCUGGUCCCUCUGAAGCCCUACGCAGCCCCGGUGCCCCGCUCCCAGUCCCUGUGCGACCAGCCCACUAAGACCAUGUCUGCCUUCCCCACCCAGGACCCCUCCCCCACCCCCGCCCCCCGCUCCGUCCCCUCCAGGGAACUGGUGCGCCAGAACUCCGACCCCACCUCCGAGAGCCCCGCCCCCCAGCCGCGGCCAAUCAGCAGGGACGACCGCGGGCCCUGGAUCCGCAUGCAGGACCCGGAGCAGCCACCCAAGGUGCCCCAGAGGACGACCUCCAUCGCUGCCGCCCUGAACUCCAACCUGUCCUCUGGCAUCAGACACCCAGUGCGGGCCAGUAACCCCGACCUCAGCCGCAAUGACCGCUGGGAGCGCAGUGACAGCGUCAACGUGGUGGCCAACCUGCCCCAGACCGGCUCCCUGGAGAGGCACCGCGUCCUGGCCUCCUCCAAAAUGGAGUCGUCCCCUAUCGUGCCCCCGGAGGGUCGCCCCAAGCUCGGGGAGUCCCGCACCUCCUCUCGGCCGGGACGCCCUGCUAGUUAUAAGAGAGCUAUAGGAGAGGACCACGGGCUGUUUCCCAAAGAGCGCCAGGAGGAGCCCCCGAGACCCCCGGCGAAGGCCAUGGACUACUCCUCCUCCUCAGAGAGCAGCGAGAGCAGCGAGGAGAGCGAGAGCGGAGAAGGGGUGGAGGAGGAGGAGAGCCCCACAGACCGGGUCCGUGACGCAGACUCGGACUCCGUCAACACCAUGGUGGUCCAUGAGGAGGAGGGCGAGGGUGGGGAGGAAGGCCAGGCUGGGGGCUACGGGGACCAGACCAUGCUGGUGCAGAGGACCCCAGAGAAGCGCAGUCACAACGGCUACACCAACCUCCCGGACGUGGUGCAGCCCUCCCACUCCCCCACCGACCCCGCCUCUCACCCCUCCCCGGGGAAGGACGCCGUCUAUGAUUAUCAGUCGCGGGGAUUGGUCAAGGCUGCUGGGAAGUCCUCCUUCACCACCUUUGUGGACCUGGGGAUGUACCAGCCGCAGGGGGGUCCGGGAGAGUCCGUCUCGGUGGCGGGCUUUGUCUCCAGGUUCGAUCAGCUGAAGCUGGAGGUGCGUAAGGGCUCUGUGGUGAACGUGAACCCAGCCAACACCCGCCCCCACAGCGACACCCCCGAGAUCCGCAAGUACAAGAAGAGGUUCAACUCGGAGAUCCUGUGCGCCGCCCUGUGGGGGGUGAACCUGCUGGUGGGCACAGAGAAUGGGCUGAAGCUCCUGGACCGCAGUGGUCAGGGGAAGGUGUACCCCCUCAUCAACUCCCGCAGGUUCCAGCAGAUGGACGUCCUUGAGGGCCUCAACCUGCUCAUCACCAUAUCAGGUAAAAAGAACAAGGUGCGUGUGUACUACCUGUCCUGGCUGAGGAACAAGAUCCUACACAACGACCCUGAGGUGGAGAAGAAGCAGGGCUGGACCACCGUGGGAGAGAUGGAGGGAUGUGUGCACUACAAAGUGGUGAAAUAUGAGAGAAUCAAGUUCCUUGUGAUUGCUCUGAAGAACUCCGUGGAGGUGUACGCCUGGGCUCCCAAGCCUUAUCACAAAUUCAUGGCUUUCAAGUCCUUCGCUGACCUGCCCCACAAGCCUCUGCUGGUUGACCUCACGGUGGAGGAGGGUCAGAGGUUAAAGGUCAUCUAUGGAUCCAGUGCUGGGUUUCACGCCAUCGACGUUGACUCGGGAAACAACUACGACAUCUACAUCCCUGUGCAUAUCCAAAGCCAGGUGAUGCCCCACGCCAUCGUGUUCCUGCCCAACUCCGACGGCAUGGAGAUGCUGGUGUGUUACGAGGACGAGGGCGUGUACGUCAACACCUACGGCCGCAUCAUCAAAGAUGUGGUGCUGCAGUGGGGGGAGAUGCCCACCUCCGUGGCGUACAUCUGCUCCAAUCAGAUCAUGGGGUGGGGAGAGAAGGCCAUCGAGAUCCGCUCCGUGGAGACGGGGCACCUGGAUGGGGUCUUCAUGCACAAGAGAGCCCAGAGGCUCAAGUUCCUGUGUGAGAGGAAUGACAAGGUGUUCUUUGCGUCUGUGCGUUCCGGAGGCAGCAGCCAGGUCUACUUCAUGACGCUGAACAGGAACUGCAUCAUGAACUGGUGAAGCAGGGGGUGGGGGCUGCCGUGUCCGUCUGUCCAAUCAUCUGUGCGUUUGUCCACCCGGCUCCUCCCUCACGCAACAAGCCCCCCUUCGCAUGGGCAGCAGCCAGCAGAGUUCGGUGGGGCGAGGGGAAUGGGGGGGGGGCUGCACCCCUAGUUUCCACAGCGCUGCCAAAUAACGCUUCAGUCCUUCCCACUAAUGCCCCCCCCCGAGCCCUUGUCGUGAAUGAACCCACAUGCUAACCACCUGACUUAAGUCAGCUGUCUUAAUUGGCUGAAAGCCACACUUGACCCUCCCACUUGACUGCCUGACUGACACACUGUCCAACUGGACCGGAGAUCACCUAAACCAACCGAAGGGACAGACGAGGUACCAUCCACACUCGCAGCUGCCCCGUCACCCGGGGAACGCCCCUGGGCGGCCCCAGCGUAACUGUACAUACUUUUCUAAGCGUUCCAAAGCUCGGAAGCCAUUAACCAUUGCCCCGUCCUCCUAGGAGAACCUCCUUUUUUCGGACCGGUCGGUUCCUAGUCGGGCGGCAGAGGGCUGCGUUCAGAAUUCCUUCUAUUUGUAAAACCUUAGCGAAGACACAAAAUGUAAAUAGUUACCGAAGUAACGAACAAUGCCGUGACAUAGUGGUGCCGCUGCUCCUCACCUACAAACGCCUGUCAUUAGCGAGCUAACAGACCAGUGGCUUCAGUCCCCUAGACGAGCACUCCAGAGCUCUCAGGGCGGCAGAAGGUUACGGUAUCGCUGUAGACUUUGCACUCCCUGUUAGGAUGGGCCUCUCCUUCGCUCCCCGAGGGUCAAACACCCCAUUUCUGACUUUUUUGAUCAAAAACAAGAAAAAACACAUUUAGAAUGUACUGUCACUUAAAUUGGAAAUAGAGAUGCUAUUGUUAAUAUUCAUAUCACGCUACGUGACUCACAGCUUUGAAAAACAAACAACAAAAAAAUCUACAUGAAUACUGAAUGAAUUGUUAUGCAGAGGGAGGUGGUGGUCAUUCUGUGGACUUUGGAGCCAGAGUGUCCUAGCAGACCAGUUAAGCCGUUUCAUUCUCAGUGCAGCGUAAUGAUCAAAAGAAGUUGGGUUUUUGUUUUUGGGGGGUUUUUUGUAUGAAGGGGUCUGCAGUGCAAAGCUACGCAUGUGAGCAAUGAAAUGUGAAGAAAUGGGAUUGGCAUGCCGUUUGUUUAUUCAGCAUUGAAAGGGUAACUGCGAGUCUGGCCAGUCGCCCACACCCACGCUGGAGGACUGUGAUCGCGUGACUUUGUCACAAAGUGUCUUUUAACGUCGCAGCAGCGUCAGCGGAACGUUUGAGUCAGAAAUGACCCGCUGUCCUCAUCCCUGGUGGUGUGUGAGUUUCCCCCUCAGAUUCUAGUGUGGAGAGAGAAUGUUUUUUUUCCUCGCUCUUUUGGUUAAUCUGGCAUUUUUUAAUUUUGUUUAAUUCUUUCACAGUUUUGUGUGUGUGGGGUUUUUUUGAAAAUGGCACAUUUAUUUUAGUUAAAAUUGGAAAGUAGAAAAACUGAGGGUGUAGAAUGUACAGUCCAUGCUCCCUCCUUAAUGUCCUUCUUUGUGCCCCUUCUCAAGAUUCUGCCUGAGGGCCUACAUCUUCUCUCACUUGCCCUCAUACGUCAUGAGUGUGGCAGUAAUCCUGUAGUGGCCCCUUUAUGCUCCCUGAUCCACAAUCUUAACCCCCCACCUAACCGUCGCCACAACUUUACCCCCUCGAUUUAUUGAGGAGGAGGAACUGGGCUCAGUCCAUGGCUGGGAGUCUGAGAUUGGAGGUGGGAGGAGGGUAUGAGAGUGGAGGUGGGAGGAUGGUACGAGAGUGGAGGUGGGAGGAGGGUAUGAGAGUAGAGGAUGUGACAGAGUUUGAGUAAUUCAGCUGAGGAACCAACCAGCCUGUGAAUACCGAAGUCAGUUAACACGCCUGAAACACGGCAGCGUUCUGAUGAAAAGGGGGCCAGGAUUUGGGGACAUGAAGGACAGCUGUUUUCGGAGUAAAUCCACUUCUUAGUGCUUUACAGGGAUUAAAUUUCUACUGUGUAUUCAGUCAGGUACACAGACUGUCAUAUUUCUAAGGGGGGAGGGGGACUUUGCAGAGCAAUAGUUAGUGUGAUUCAGGUAUCGGUGCUGAGCUGACUAGUCUAUAACCUGGUACUGGUGAGAGGCUGUUUCUGUCCAGUUUUAAGGGGUUUGUCUCACCUGAGCAUCCAGACCUCUGAAGGAUGGUGUUUCGACUGGUUUGAUCAGCGUAUUGGAGGCAAAAUUGCAUACAUGUAAAAAAAUGACAACCAAAGGCUGAAAUAUCAUAUAUACUUGUUUUAAAAUCCAAAAUGGAUUGGCUUUUAUAUAGUAUAGUAUAUAGAUAUAUAUACACAAAAGCACUAGAAUGAAAGGUGCCUAUAUAGAGAGUCUAAAAAGCACAGAAUAGAUUGUAAACUGAAAUUGAUUGCACUUUUUUCCCCGUCUUUGCCAUAUACUUUUACUUGCAUAUCUCAGUAGUUUUGAACAAAGAGUAUCGUGCAGAUAUCGUAGAGAGAGAGCUGCCUCAGCAGCUCCUUUUUCUGUGAUCUCUACAGUGAAUGAAUAGCUAGAGCCACGUGGUGGGAAGUGUCAGCAGUCCAUCACCAUAUCCAAGUUUAUCGAGAUUUUUGUGCCUCAUCACACAGGACAAAAUGGGAUUGGGACCAAUCGACUGGUGAUUCUAACCUUGUGGAGCUAAAUCAAAAUAUACAUUGUUGACAUUGGGCCAACCACUUGACUUAUUCAGGCAGUGAGAGAUAGAAGAAAAUAUCAUAGUUACUGCAAGUUAGUAAUAUAUGUAUACCUAUGGCUGGGUGCUAUGCAAUUAGAGUAGUAUUUGCAAAAAUAAGUUUACCUUUUUAAACUGUAAGUUCAGGGCAGUGGUUUGAUGUUUUUUUUCUUGUCUUGCAAAUUGUAAACUGAAGAUGAACUAUGAUUUAAACUAACUCCAGUCCUACUAAAUGCAGUUGACUGGACAGGACAAAACUGUAAAGUCAAACCACAGUAGGGUUUUGUUACUAGCUUGGUUAUACUGUGAACAAAAUCGCAACAUCCCAAAUGGUCGUUUCUUGUAGAAUAUUCAGCGGUAUAUUCCAUAGUCAUUGAGUUUGCGCGCACUGUGUGUUAGCAGUUAAUUGACACCGUCUCGUGUGCUAAUCAGUAAAGUAACCCAUCAGUUUGUGGUCAGUAUAGUGCCCCGGGGCAGGGGAUUCUUGAUACUUAAUGACCAGAAGGGUAGGGGAAAGUGCACUUGUAGAAGUGGCCUUUGAACGUGGCAUUGCUUCGCCGGGACAAUGUUACCGGUAGGAUCUCAAAGAAUGUAAGGGGGCGUUUCGAAAGAGAUCAGUCCGCCGCUGCGCAUCUCGCCUUACGAUUUCCCGUUUCUGAAGCGCAUUCAUUAUCACGCCAUACAAAAACCUGCGUUCGCCGAUCACGUGUGUGCACCUUUACGUUUUCGUACCUUUUUUCCCCGUUUUGGCAAAAUCAGACAACAGCCAGAGUGUGUUCCCAUGGAGACGAGCUGGUGCCGGCAGAAAUGCAGCGCGCCACCGUGUGCUGUUCCCAAAGCAGUGGUCACAUUGGGUGUAAUACACUUAAGCAGACAGCAGGGGGAGCCCUCCGUGUUAGAACACGUGUGAACACCACAAAUGAAGAUACACGUUUAAGCAGUGUAGGGGACUGGAGGCUCCUGACUGGAGACAGAAGUUUGAAAACUUUAACAGACCUAAUAACGUCUAACAGUAAAGUGUGUUACUUUUAAUCAUACAUUUAAUGACACAGAAGCUACAUUACAGGGGGUAGGCUUAUGCCAGGAAAGAUGAAGACCGAUUGCAUAGAGGAUUUAGAAAGUGUUUGAAGAAUAGGCUGGAACAAUAAAAGGUAGCACAGACGUAUUAGGCAGAGUAUAUAUGAAAUAUGUUAUCUAUAAUAUAGAAAAAUCUAUAUUGAGAUUUGUACAUUUUGAAAUAAGAUUAUUAUAGAUGGAAGCACAAAGUAUUUUAUGUUGGAGAGAACAGAUAUAUAAAGAUAUAAAGAUAUAAAACAUUGUGGAUAUAUAAAGAUAUAUCUGAGGGAUUCAAGCGGUCUUGUGAAUGAGAGCCUCUCUGGAUGUGCGUAUGGGUGAGCGUGUGUGUCGUUUCGGAUUGGAGCAAACAGAGGAACAAGCGACCCCCCCUUCUGUUUGGAGGUGAACGGACACCUGCCCGAGCCGGUGACAUACGAGUAAGGGUGGGGUCCAGGGUCACCUUGGACAUGCGGACGGACAGACAGACAGUCACCUGUAUGGAUGCGGCUCACUCCAUCCCGUAUCCUAACCACACCGCCAGCGCGUGAAGUGAGCCGCGGCUCUCAUCUGGCCAUCCUCACUAUGGUGACGAGAAGCAGGGACACCCUGUGGACCUGUGUAACCUCCCGUGCAGUCCUUGAUGCCGCAACACACUACACCGAUAAAGUGAUCGCUUUAAUUACUGCAGCCACUCCACUACUCCUCAGCGAAGCGCUCGUGUGUGUAUGGCUGACGUCUGGUCAUUAGCCUUACUGCUGUGGGUUGUCCCUGCUUCAGAGCUACAUCAUUGCGUUGAAGUGUUCUGCUGGGUCAGGUGGUCAGCUGUCUGUCUGUCUGCCGCUCCCGGUGACCGGAGUGGGCGAUAUGAAUGUAAGCCGGCGUGACUGUCUCCAGCCUGUCACUUUGAGAGCCCCGAUCUGUACCUGUCACCUCAGUGGGAGUAGGCUUCAGGCUUCAACACACAACACUGCUGUUACCAUUGUUGUUACCAGUCUGCAGUAGGGGAACCCCCCCCCCC